AUGGCAGGUGGAAGCGGCGGUGGAAGAGGAGGAGCAUCGGCGGAUCUUCACUCCGCAGCAAGAUCCGGUGAUUUAGCGGCAGUUCAAUCUAUUAUCAGCUCUAAUCCUUUGGCUGUUAAUUCCAGGGAUAAACAUUCUCGGACUCCACUACACUUGGCAGCAUGGGCAGGCCACAACGAGGUCGUGAGCUACUUAUGCAAGAACAAAGCAGACGUUGGCGCUGCAGCAGUAGAUGAUAUGGGUGCAAUUCACUUUGCUUCCCAAAAGGGCCAUUUGGAAGUUGUGAGAACUCUUUUAUCCGUCGGUGGUUCAGUGAAAUCCAUCACUCGCAAGGGACUAACGCCUCUUCACUACGCUGCUCAAGGUUCUCACUUGGACCUCGUCAAGUACUUGGUUAAGAAAGGAGCGAGUGUCAGAGCUACGACAAAAGCCGGGAAGAAUCCAGCAGAUGUUGCGGGUAACGCCGAAACGCAAAACUACCUUGAGGAAUGUGAAGAGCAAGCGAGAAAAGAUAAGGCAAGCAAUAAGAAAAAGGCGGAAGAAGUGAAACCAGAGAGUAGUAAUGUUGAAGGAGAUAACAAGGAUUUGAAAAGAAAGGAAUCUGAGGAUGUGAACGAGGAAGAGGAGGAGAAGCAAGAAGGUUAUUCGAAAGCGAAAAAGCCAAAAGUUGCUCUUCAUCAUCUUCAGGACGCUGAUGAUACAGAAGUUGAUCAAGAUGAAGAAAUUGAGGAACCAAACAAUGUAACUUCAACUAAUCCAUCAGAAGUGUCUACUUGA